AUGGACCUCCGCCGGGCCGAGCCCGCCGAUGCCGUUGCAAUCAACGAAUUUAUCCACAACGAAACAAAGAAUGCCAAAGGCGACACUCUCGAGGACAUCCUCAAAAAGCGCUACGGCACAGCCAAUGCUGCGUGGCUUAUAGAGACUGGUGCGUUCUGCGGGUUCAUGGCGAUCAACAAUGGCCCUACUCUAGCCCACGAUAGCGACAUGGCACAUGUUUUCCAGGAGACUAAAUGGGACAACUGGACCGGAAGUGUUUUCGAAGCCAAGGACAUUCAUAUUCACAAUACAAAGUUUCUGUCCUUUUUUGUCGCCGAGCCCGAAUGCGCCCUUGAGUUUCUGGAUAUGGCCCUUAUCUCGGCCUUUGCCUGGUUACCGGAGCUCAAGAAUAUCUCGUACCUACUGCCGGACUUUUUGAUUCUCUUUCCGCCCCUCUCGUUGCCACGGUAUACUGCACCCGUGCUCGCUUCGGAUGAUCCCAGACUCUCGACCGCCAACUCGCUUGCCAAGGGGAAGAAGCCUUUCAAGAAACGCCGGCCCGGUCGGCGUAACCGGCGAGACCAGGGAAAAUACUUUCUUGAGGUCCCCCUUAAGCCCAAUGCGGACAGCAAAUACUGUCUGUACAACUGUCUUCGGCGCGACAUAGUCCCACUGCUCAAAGUCAGGAAAGCCAUGGUCGAAGACUGCGAUGAUCUCGCUCCAAUGUUUAAAAAACAGAACUACAUCGAUUUAUUCAAGCUCCUUAACGGCAGCCAUGCUGACUACUACCUGGCGGAGCUACUCGAGUCCAAAACCGAAUCCACCAAGACGUUGGUGGCAGAACAAGAUCUGACAUUCGCUUCCAACCCUAUCGACCUGGGGUCUAUCACCGUGCUCGGACCGCAACCCACCAUCAUGGGCAUGCAGGCGGAUGGAGAGAUUGUCGGCUUCCUGAGCGCCACUUGCGACUUUGAUCAACAAAUACUUACCGACGUCUUCCAGAUGGACAACUUUGACCAACUCUGGAAAGAGAUUCAAGAUACUAUCCUUCCGGAGCUUCCAAAGGGGCGUAGCACUGCCACUAUCGACCUCAACUUGACUUCACGCCCGUCCUCUGGGCGCGUUCGCGCUGAUCACGAUAAUCAUCCUGGAUCGCCUUUGCCACCCACAGGCGAAAGCCAGGCAACGACUGGUGUCGGCAAUAUCAUCUGCAUCAACUUGUUUUACAUCGAGCCUCCGUUUGCAAACCAGGCCAUCGAGUUUAUCAAGUUUGCGUUUUCUAUGUUCCCGGAGCGGGAUUACUGUGUCAUCACCAUCCCAACAACGGCGCCGGAGUUGACCUUACUCAAGAGUUUUGUAUUCAUCCCCCAUCGAUAUGGGAAGAUUGCUUCCCGCUAUGGUAUCGGCGACCCGGUGUCGGUUCGGCUUCCAGCCCAGGCCGAUGUAACCCACAUCUAUGGGCUACUGGAGGGCUUGCGCAACGAGUCCGAAGUGAUUGCUGCCUUUGCCGAGUCCCUACAGAGUCCAGAAAAGAGUGCUGAGAAGGGCCAUGCCAUAACUCGAUUCAAAUCCCUCUUGAUCGAGAAAGCAAGCCAAGUGGUGGGCAUACUUAUCCUUGAAGAGUGCCUGGAUCCGCGCGGCUACACCGAUCAGUUUGAUAUCGAGGAGUACAUUACCCUUGGCCACCACAGUUUGAAGGGUAGCCCAGUUCUUCUUCGUCACUUGGUUCUGAACCCGCUAUUCGAUCAUACGGCAAGAUUUGUGCUGGAGGAAGCAAUGAGGAUCCUUGGUCUCACUUGCCUCUUGUAUCCUGUGGAUCGACGGAGCAAGCGGGAUGCGGCUACGCGGCAAAUGGCCAUUCGAGAGUUCUGGCCGGUUCGGCGGAGAAGAGAGAUCAUCUACCCGGGAAAUAUUCGAGACGGAGAGCGCAUGCCUGCUCCAAUCGAACACUGUAUUCAAUUGCUCUCAGCCCCGCUUCUCUACGAAUCGAAGACCGCCAUCAACUCCAGGAUUGUCGUCAUCGGUGGUUCCGACGUUGGUGUAGCAUUCCUUGAGAGUCUGGUCUACGUGAGUACCUUUGACAAUGCCAGAAGAACGUCACUCUUGUAUCAAAUGACGGAAUACCAUCCCUCGAGAACAAAGGCAUUUUUGCGAGCAACCGAUGUUACACCGGGCUGGAGCACGUUCAAUUCUGCCACGCUGUUAUAUAAUAGCGUCGUGCUCGAGCAAAUAGGACUCGAACACUACGUCAAUAUUAUUCAAGGCUCGUGCUAUGAGCUGGACAGGGUCCUCAAGCGGAUCACCCUUCGGAACGGAAUGACGCUGGCAUAUGACUAUUUGAUCUUGACGCCGGGAAUUCAAUUCCAAGCGACCCAGAUCUCAGAGAAAUUUGCAAUGCUCCACGGCGUGUAUGAGGUCACUCCGCAGAAUCUAGAAACCAUCACAAAGGAAGUCGAGAAGCGUGGUGAAGGCACAGCUGUGAUAGUUUUCGGGAGGAACAUCCAAGCCUUCAGCACGAUUGAGGGCAAGUAUAAGCUGUGCUGGAUACAAGCAAAAAUGGCCGCAAGACUCUGUAUAUUUCUCGUGCAGUCCAAGAUGGCAGAGCUUGGAAUUCACAUCUACCGAGGCUGGAGGCCGCUGAAAUGGGAGUCCCAGCAGGCUUCGCUUUCUUCCCUGACAAUUGCGAGCAAGGACGAUAAAGAAGUACAGACGAUAAACAACAUAGCCAUGUUUCUCUAUGCCGAUGAAAAGCUGGUCGAUCCGGACACCUUUAAAUCCAUCAAUGACAGUUCGCUCGUAUUUGACGGUCGACUUGUAAUCGACAAAUACUUUCGCACACAGGAUCCAUACAUAUAUGCAGCUGGAAGCAUAACAAAAUAUUCGAGCAAGUACCAGACAAAGUGGUCACACGCCCUCUACGAUUCGCGGGAAGUCGGGUUCAAGUUGAUGGAGACACUCUUGCCCUUGUUCGACUCGUCAGCGCCAAUGCAGCCGAUCGAUGACGAUUUGGACAUCCUCCCGUUCACAGUCUCCAAGAAGGUGGAGGCUCGUCUUCCUGGCGAUUUGUAUUACCUUCACUGCGACAAGCCCAGGCUCCAGAGUCACACUCUUGCAUUCCGGUCGAAGCAAGGCGACUAUGGCCGGGAUCUCGUGAUUGAUCAGCCCGGAAGCUAUUUUCGAAUCCACGUGUCGCCAUCGGGGUACAUUCAUUCCCUCACUUAUCUGGGAGUACCAGGGAUUGCAAGCGAUAAUCUCCUGUGUCUGUAUGGUCUCCACGAAAAGUACUUGAACAGACUGGUGGCACGGUUCGACGAAGGAGUCAUCAAGGAUUUUGUAAGCUUUCUUUCCGAACCAUGGGCUUUGCCGAUCUACUACGACCGAUUUGUAAAUUUCUCGCGGGCGACGAGGCGGGCUCUGCUUCAAGACGAGCACGAACAAGACGAGGGCGCUCGGGCCCUAGUUGAAAAGAUUCGGCACUUUGCUGCUCGGGACGACACGCCCCUGCCUGAGAGCCAGCCCAUCUUAUACAAGAUCUUUGACCACUCGAGUGUGCGGAAAAAAUGGGACCAGGAGUCAUUUGAGUAUCUUCUAUCGACAGGACUGUUCCGCUCGUAUCCUUAG